CCACAGAGCAGGGAAGGAGGAGCUGAGAGAGGGGCCAGGACGCUGGGAGGGGGUUGCUCAGAGGCCUCCCAGGGAUGGGGGUUGCUGCUCGUCUGAGCGUUCCUAGGGCGCUGGUACUCUGGGCCGCACUGGGGGCGGCAGCUCACAUUGGACCUGCACCUGACCCCGAGGACUGGUGGAGCUACAAGGAUAAUCUCCAGGGAAACUUCGUGCCAGGGCCUCCCUUCUGGGGCUUAGUGAAUGCAGCCUGGAGUCUGUGUGCUGUGGGGAAGCGGCAGAGCCCUGUGGAUGUGGAGCUGAAGAGGGUCCUUUAUGACCCCUUUCUGCCCCCACUGAGACUCAGCACUGGGGGAGAGAAGCUUCGGGGAACGUUGUACAACACUGGCCGCCAUGUCUCCUUCCUGCCUGCGCCACGGCCCGUGGUCAAUGUGUCUGGGGGUCCCCUCCUCUACAGCCACCGACUCAGUGAACUGCGACUGCUCUUUGGAGCACGUGAUGGAGCUGGCUCUGAACACCAGAUCAACCACCAGGGCUUCUCUGCUGAGGUGCAGCUCAUCCAUUUCAACCAAGAACUCUACGGGAACCUCAGCGCCGCCUCCCGGGGCCCCAAUGGCCUGGCCAUUCUCAGCCUCUUCAUCAAUGUGGCUGGCAGCUCGAACCCCUUCCUCAGCCGCCUCCUUAACCGGGACACCAUCACCCGCAUCUCCUACAAGAAUGAUGCCUACUUUCUUCAAGACCUGAGCCUGGAGCUCCUGUUCCCCGAAUCCUUCGGCUUCAUCACUUAUCAGGGCUCCCUCAGCACCCCGCCCUGCUCAGAGACUGUCACCUGGAUCCUCAUUGACCGGGCCCUCAAUAUCACCUCCCUCCAGAUGCACUCCCUGAGACUCCUGAGCCAGAAUCCUCCGUCCCAGAUCUUCCAGAGCCUCAGCGGUAACGGCCGGCCCCUGCAGCCCUUGGCCCACAGGGCCUUGAGGGGCAACAGGGACCCCCGGCACCCCGAGAGGCGCUGCCGAGGCCCCAACUACCGCCUGCAUGUGGAUGGUGCCCCCCAUGGUCGCUGAGACUCCCCAUCGAGGAUUGUGCCUGUCCUUUCCAAGCCUCCCCACACGGGGAGGGGAGUCACCCCCAAAACAAAGCUAUUAAAGGGACAGAAUACUUCCUGUU